GCGGCAGUACAAUGCAAAGCUGGUGUAUUAUCCCAUCGGCUAUGAGUAACAACAUCGUAGUACUAAUAUCGGUUUACACUAUAUACAGUAUAGCGUCUAUAUGCUGUCUAUCACACAGUUAUCAAACUUCUUCGUUGUUGCCAACGUCAAUAAAUCCGGGAGAUCGCCCUUCAAUACCCAGCUUGGAAUAUCUUGGCUUGGGUUAUGACGCAAUCGAAAGGGCACAUAACCUUUUACAAUCGAAGACAAAUCCUGAUGUCUCACAUAUUGAUACAAGUUACAAAGGUCCCAUUAUAGAGUUGCGCUGGCCAUCAGAAGGAAAACAUCCCCUGUACAAUAACACCCUGCGGUGGUCACUGCCUACCAAUGUAUAUGGCUGGAGGGCACCUACAUGUAAAAUACAAGAGAAUGUCUCACGUGAAGACAGUGACGAUUCCAGUUCAAAGCAACUGACCGCCGUCUUUGAUGCAGCAUUGUUUAAAUUAAAAGCGAAGAGACCAAAGUUUAAGAAAAUGUUUAAAAACAAAGCUGAUGGUUCACAUGAGAAACGUACGGGUGAGAUUUUUAAAAGCGAUGGCAACGAUAACCAUACAGACGUCAAAAAUAAAAGUUCGAAAAAAAACAAGGAGCAAAAGAAGCAGAAAACAAAAACGAAAGUUGAUAAUGAUGUUUUCAACAACAAUGACACAGUAGACGAAGGAAUCAAUUCCAUCCUUCCUGACAAUGAAAGUUACUACGUGAAUGAAGAUGCAUCGGAAGAAUCCGACACUUUGGAUACGGAAACAAAUGGAGAAGAUGAUGAGCUGCCUUUCUUCAUAGAACUUCCAAUUGGUAAUUCCAACAAAUAUAUUGGUUUAAACAACGACAUUGUGCAUGUGUCAACAAUCGUGGAUAAAGAUGAUAGAUCAUCAUUCCUAGAACAUGGAGUACGACAUACUGAUAACAUUGAUGAUAUAAUGUCUGCAAUAGACGAUUCAGUUGAUUCACUUUCUUUAGAUGAUCAAAAAACAGAACAAUCCGAUGAAGACUUACGUGAAGGCAAAAGGAAGCAGGUCUACGACUCACCAACGCAUGUUCAACAUAAUGUUGGAAAAUAUUCAUAUGAUGUAUUGAAUACACUCGGCGACUCCGCAAAAUAUCAAGAUCAAGGAGAACCCGCUGUUACCAAUGAAAAUGACGAUGAGCAAGUUCAAUUAAGUGAAGAAGAAAAGACCGAGCUUUCAAAGACUAAAGCCGCUCUUUCAUUCAAUUUAUCAAUACAAAACACGCAAGAUGUAUAUUCUUCUAAUAUGGAAACGGUAAAGAAUGAAACUUGCACAUCAUUCGUCGCUGGCACUACUCUAGACAAAAACAGUCACUUCAGUAGAAGCUUUGAAAAUGCAUUGAAACAUCUGUUGAGAGAAUUAGACAAGGACAUAGAGUGUUCCUUGAAGGAUUACGGCACUGCAGCAUGUAAGACGACGCUGACCAGGUGGUUUCACUUUUUCAGAAACUAUGGGACACAUGUUAUAACUCGCAUUACCCUAGGUGGCAAAAUUAUUAUUGAGAAGAAACAACUAGACGAAGGAUCCCGUACAAGCCAAAGUGCUUCCGGUGAUUUAAAGGCACAUAUAGUAUCUCCCGACUUUCAACUGAAUGCCGGAUUGGAUAAAAAUAACGAAUCAAAGUCAUCACAAAAUGUAACAUCAACAACGAUGGACAUGUUUGGUGGAGAAAUUGGACCUGACUAUGAAACACAAGAGUUUAAUCCCCUGUGGGCCAAGAGCGUAUCAUACUCACCAAUGCCUAUAAGCAUGGAGCUCACUCCACUGGCAAAGUUGUUCGAAUCGAGUGGAUACCGAGAUCAUUACUAUGAGGCGCUAUUACACUACGCUAUAAGUGGUGUCAACCACCGUUAGCAGAGGUGC